CGAAGUCGAAGUUUAUUAGACGAAAGUGAAUUUGUCACAAAUCAUCGAAAUUCGGAGUGUAUUUUAAUCUCACGAUGUUUCUUUAACUAAUACCAAAAUUGUAAGGUAACGUCAAACUCAAACCCGCGGAGUGUCACAAACCGGCUUCGAAUCCCCUCUUAGGAUUUAUAACAUAGAUAGGAUUGCUCGCCCCUCGCAAGAGCGAUCAUGCUCGCCGCCACUUCAGUCCGUCUCGAAGCCACGUGACUUCAGCCAUAGCGCGCUGACCUCUACGCCAUGCCUGCCAACACCUCUCGGCGGCAGUCCGAUGGCUCCCAUCACUCUACCCUCUCCUCUCUCCUCUCGGCGUGCCUGCUCUCCCUCGCCGCCGCGGCGUCCACCACUCCGACAGGCUCCGCGACCUCCAAAACUCCUCCACCUCCGAUCGACUCUUUAACACGCUACACAGAGUGCGACUGCGGCGUGCCGAUGUAUCCGGUCGCUCGGAUCGUCAACGGACAACCUUCCCGCGCCGAGGAGUUUCCCUGGAUGGUGGCAUUGUUCCGAGGCCGCUCUUUUCACCGCCCGCCCAUGUGCGGUGGCUCUCUGAUCACCGAUAGGCAUGUGGUCACGGCGGCACAUUGUCUGCUCGCCUACUCUGGUCUGUCUCCGAGUAACACGUACGCCCUCGUGGGGGCCCACAACUGGACCAGCCGCAGCGAUACGCACAAACCUCAGGUUCAUCGCGUCUGGGACGGUUACCCGAUGGCCACGUUUGACCAGGGCAUCAAGUUCGACGGCGACCUCGCAGUAUUAGUCCUGGAGCAGCCGGUCGAGCUCAACGCCUUCACCUACCCCAUCUGCCUCCCGCCGGCCAACUACACGUUCGACAUGUUGACGCAGAUGCCGGCCGUGGUGAUCGGGUACGGCCGUCUCUGGGUGGACUCUCGCGAGAAGGUCGGCCCGCAGCCACAGCUGCUCUUCAAGACCACGAGAAACCUGCGCCUAGUGUCGGGCGCCGACUGCUCUCGCGACACCAUCGUCAGAGAGGUGUUCGAGGACAAGAUGCCGCUGACAGACCGGCAAAUGUGCGCGUUCGGAGAGGACACUGACUCGUGCACGGGCGACUCAGGCGGACCGCUGAUGGUGUUUGACCGACACAUGUAUCGCUAUUAUCUGGUAGGUGUGGUGAGUUUCGGCGCAGUGAGAUGUAACUCGCCCGGCCUGCCCGGGUUUUAUACGAGCGUCAUUCAUCCGAGCAUCAGAAACUACAUCGCGUGCAACAUCGCUGAUGGUGUUACAUGCAGAACAUGACGUUACCGUUACCUACAAGACAAGACGGUGUCACGCAUAGGACGUGACGUUACUGGCACGACGUAACAUUACCGGCAACACGUGAUGGCGAGACGAGCAGGGCGUGACGAUACCUAAUAGGACGUGGCGGCGUCAUGCAAGACACGAUGGUAAAGAAGCAUGCGGGCCGUGGAGAAUCUUGCUUUUCUGUUGCCUCGCGUGGUACAGGAUGGAGGUAAUAAGAAGGAUGAGUAGAAAAUCUGAUAACAAUAAGUGCGAAUGGGAAUAGGCACAAGUAAUAUUGAAAAGCAGUGCUUGGCGGUUGUUUCAGCAGAUAAAACCAUCGGCGUUUUGACGACGCAUUGCAUACAUUGUAAAUUGAAAUCAAAUGCCUCAAACAAUUACUGAAAGUCAACCCGCUCUCAAGAACAUUGCUGAAUCGCAGGGGCGAACACAAAAUUGUUAAUGAGUUAGUUUGUUGUGUGCAAAUGAAGUCUUUCGGGUUUCUUGGUAGUUCCUGGACUUCGUGUUAUUUCUUUGUCCGUUAAUGCAGUUUCCUAUUUUACAGAAAAUGCGUCUGAGUGUCUGUUGAUUGGCUGUAAUGCAUCACGUAAUGUAGCGUCCAUGACACCAAUAAUAAGCGUCUCGCAUCAGUGCAGCCGACGGGGGCGAAAAGCUGCUUGAGUGGGUGUUACAACACAAUAAAUCACGACGCUUUCGA